CCCGCCCCUCCGCUUGACUGCCACCUUCGAGCUGCUUCCGAGCGUCCGCCAUUGGCUCAGGCGACCCCUGAGCACUGGGAGGUGUGGCGCGGCUGUAAGCCGGGGGCGAGGCUCUGGGUGUCCUCUGGGAUUGAGGGGUGCGUAGGUGCAGCCUGAAUCCUCGAGCGGAGAAGGGGUGUCCGCACCCCAGAGGUCGGAGAAGGGCCUUCCGGGGGCUUGGGCACCGCGCGGACCCUCGCGGGCUUCCAGCACCUGAACUCGCCGGCCUCCAGCACGCCUGCGCAGCCAGGGUCUUCCCGCACCUGAUCGCGAGACCCCAACGGCUGGUGGCUCCCGGCUUCCUAGCCGGCGCGUCCGGUGGGGCCAGUCAUGGCGCAGUUGUGUGGACAGUGGCGCGGCCAGGCGCUCCUCGUUCUGCUGGCGUCGUUGCUCUUUUCCGGGGCCGAGGCCACCGCCGGAAAUCGUCGCAUCCACGGUGAGGGCCCGGCAGACUUUUGCCAAGCUUCACAGGUAGUGGGGAGAUGCCGGGCCUCCAUCCCCAGGUGGUGGUACAAUAUCACUGAUGGUUCCUGCCAGCUGUUUGUGUAUGGAGGCUGUGAUGGAAAUUACAAUAAUUACCAGAGUAAGGAGGAAUGUCUUGGGAAAUGUGCUGGUGUCACAGAGAAUACCAUUGAUCAUCUCGGGACCAGAAGGAGUGGAGCAGAGUCCUCUGUCUCAAGUGGGUCCAGAAGGCAGAAUUCUGAUGAUCUCUCUGGUGAUGUCUUCAGCUAUGAAGAAUACUGCGCUGCCAAGGCUGUCACUGGGCCAUGCCGCGCGGCCUUCCCACGCUGGUACUUUGACACCGAGAAGAACGCCUGUGCUGUCUUCACCUACGGGGGCUGCCGUGGCAAUAAAAACAGCUACCGCUCCGAGGAGGCAUGCAUGCAGCGCUGCUUUGUCCAGCAGCUGUAUCCUCCCCUGUCCCUUGGUGCUAAAGCGGUGGUGCUGGUGGGACUGUCCGUGAUGGUCCUGAUUGUCGUCCUGGGUGCCUCUGUGGUCUACCUGAUCCGAGUGGUGCGGAAGAGGCAGGAGCGCGCCCUCCGCACUGUCUGGACCACCGGGGACGACAAGGAACAGCUGGUGAAGAACACAUAUGUCCUGUGAAGGCCUUGGCAUCAGGGGGACUGGCGGAGGGAGGGAGGGACAGGGGAGGAUGUAUGCGCUUUUUUAAAAAUAGAGUGAUUGACGGUACCGUGAGAUCAUUAGGGCUGCAGUCUGUCUGUACUUGUACUUGGGAGUGAGGAGCAAGUUCCAGUCUAGGCCUGCUUAGGGAGCCCUCCUAAGAAGGCACUGCCGGCUGCCCGGCUUCUCCUCUUUCUGUCCUCUAGUGGCAGUGUUCUCUGCUCAUGGCCGAUCCCACUACCUGCUUUCUUACCCAUCACAAAGUAAUGUUGUAAUAAGUUCUUGUGUGAUUGUUGUCAUUUUUUUAAGUAGGAACACCAGAGUUGUCUUUUUUUUUCUUUAGGAUUCUAAAAGGAAGAAAAUAAACUGUACAAGUUUAAUAAAAGGGAUUUCCCUUUUCAAAUAAAUUUUAGGACCGGGGAUACAGCUCAUUGGCACAACACCUGCCUGGCAAGUGUGAGGUCCUGAGCUCAGAUUCCCAGUACCAAAAAAAUUAAAAUAAAAUAAAGUAAAUUUCA